AUAUCAUAUCCUCAUCAAACAGGUUUUGAUUGGAGGAGUUUUCUGAUAAUCACUGACUUGAAUUUCUUGCUCACAACAACGUGGAAUCCCUUAAUUAUCAGCAAGGUCAGGGGAUAACUUAGUCCACUCACAACUGUUUCCAGAAUACAGCGAUUCCCAAGAUCCAGAAGCACCUGCCAUCCUAUUGGGCAACAUCACCAAUGCCUCAGAAGACCUAAGGGUUGAACCUUAUUACGUCCAGACCCACGCACGCAUGCGCGCGCCCUAGCACACGCCACACACCUAACCCGCGCAGGCGCAACUCCUUCACCCUGGAGUGUACAGCCGGGGCCACCCGCUAGCGUCAGCCUAGAGCACGCCUGCGCAGUUGCUUUCCGGCGCAGUUCUUCAAACCAAUUCCCCCACUACUUCCCACUCUCUUUUACUCUUUGACGCCAUUAAUACGGCCUGCCCUUCUCUACGUCAGGAACAGAAAACAGCUUUCCACACUCAGUUCGGACGGCGGACCUCCCGAGGGCUAGGGUGUCGCAGCAGCGUGCGAAGUCGCGCCCCGAGCCCCGCCCCUUCCGCCGCUCGUGCGCGCGCACGGCCGCCACGGCGCGCCCCGGUUGGCUGCGGCGGGGCCGCGGCGGCGGCCUCCACGGUGCUGGUGGCUUCUGUGCUUUACUUCCCUCCGCCCCCUACCGUCGGAUGCGGUGGAGCGGUUACCGUGAGGAGCCCAACUUUAUUGUUCCCCAACCCCUCCGGCGGGCACACGUCCUCAGGAUGCUCGGGGGUUGAUCGACCGGCGGCGGCGGAGGGUCGCAGUCGCGGACCCUCUCCUCCGAGCCGGGCCGUGGGGAGGGGAGGGAGUCACGAUGUCCGGUAGCCGCCCGGCCGGCUCGGGCUCCGCUGGGACGAGCCCCGGCUCCUCGGCGGCCUCCUCGGUGACUUCCGCUUCCUCGUCCUUAUCCUCGUCCCCGUCGCCCCCUUCCGUGGCGGCCUCGGCGGCCGCGCUGGUGUCCGGCGGAACGGCCCCGGCCUCGGGCUCUGGAGGCCUCGGGGGCCCCGGGCGGCCUGUGCAGGUGGCGGCCGCGGUGUCGGGCAGUGGCGGCGCGGGCGGCGGCGCGGUGUCCGCCGGCCUCUCCCGGCUUAGCUGCGCGGCCAGGCCCAGCGCCGGCGUAGGAGGGAGCAGCUCCAGUCUCGGCAGCGGCAGCAGGAAGCGACCUCUGCUCGCCCCCCUCUGCAACGGGCUCCUCAACUCCUACGAGGACAAAAGCAACGACUUCGUCUGCCCCAUCUGCUUUGAUAUGAUCGAGGAAGCGUACAUGACAAAAUGUGGCCACAGCUUUUGCUACAAGUGUAUUCAUCAAAGUUUGGAGGACAAUAAUAGAUGUCCCAAGUGUAACUAUGUUGUGGACAAUAUUGACCAUCUCUAUCCUAAUUUCUUGGUGAAUGAACUCAUUCUUAAACAGAAGCAAAGAUUUGAGGAAAAGAGGUUCAAAUUGGACCACUCAGUGAGUAGCACCAAUGGCCAUAGGUGGCAAAUAUUUCAAGAUCUGCUGGGAACUGAUCAGGAUAACCUUGAUUUGGCCAAUGUCAACCUCAUGUUGGAAUUACUAGUGCAGAAGAAGAAACAACUGGAAGCAGAAUCACAUGCAGCUCAACUACAGAUCCUUAUGGAAUUCCUCAAGGUUGCAAGAAGAAAUAAGAGAGAGCAGUUGGAACAGAUCCAGAAGGAACUGAGUGUUUUGGAAGAGGAUAUUAAAAGAGUAGAGGAAAUGAGCGGAUUAUAUUCCCCUGUCAGUGAAGAUAGCACAGUGCCUCAAUUUGAAGCUCCUUCUCCGUCACACAGUAGUAUUAUUGAUUCCACAGAAUACAGCCAACCUCCAGGUUUCAGUGGCAGUUCCCAGACAAAGAAACAGCCUUGGUAUAACAGCACAUUAGCAUCAAGACGAAAACGGCUCACUGCUCAUUUUGAAGACUUAGAGCAGUGUUAUUUUUCUACAAGGAUGUCUCGUAUCUCAGAUGACAGUCGAACUGCAAGCCAGUUAGAUGAAUUUCAGGAAUGCUUGUCAAAGUUUACUCGAUACAACUCAGUAAGACCUUUGGCUACAUUGUCCUAUGCUAGUGACCUCUAUAAUGGUUCCAGCAUAGUCUCUAGUAUUGAAUUUGACCGGGAUUGCGACUAUUUUGCAAUUGCUGGGGUUACAAAGAAGAUUAAAGUCUAUGAAUAUGGCACAGUCAUCCAGGAUGCAGUGGAUAUUCAUUACCCUGAGAAUGAAAUGACCUGCAAUUCCAAAAUCAGCUGUAUCAGUUGGAGUAGUUACCAUAAGAAUCUGCUAGCCAGCAGUGAUUAUGAAGGCACUGUUAUACUAUGGGAUGGCUUCACAGGACAAAGGUCAAAGGUCUAUCAGGAGCAUGAGAAAAGGUGUUGGAGUGUUGACUUUAAUUUGAUGGAUCCUAAACUUUUGGCUUCAGGUUCUGAUGAUGCAAAAGUGAAGCUGUGGUCUACCAAUUUAGACAAUUCCGUUGCAAGCAUUGAGGCAAAGGCUAACGUGUGCUGCGUGAAAUUUAGCCCCUCCUCCAGAUACCAUUUGGCUUUUGGCUGUGCAGAUCACUGUGUCCACUACUAUGAUCUUCGUAACACUAAACAGCCAAUCAUGGUAUUCAAGGGACACCGAAAAGCAGUCUCUUAUGCCAAGUUUGUGAGUGGUGAGGAAAUUGUCUCUGCCUCAACAGACAGCCAGCUAAAACUGUGGAAUGUUGGGAAACCAUACUGUCUGCGUUCCUUCAAGGGUCAUAUCAAUGAAAAAAACUUUGUAGGCCUCGCUUCCAAUGGAGAUUACAUAGCUUGUGGAAGUGAGAACAACUCCCUCUACCUGUACUAUAAAGGACUUUCUAAGACUUUGCUAACUUUUAAAUUUGAUACAGUCAAAAGUGUUUUGGACAAAGAUCGAAAAGAAGACGACACAAAUGAAUUUGUGAGUGCCGUGUGCUGGCGGGCACUACCAGAUGGAGAGUCCAAUGUGCUGAUUGCUGCCAACAGCCAGGGUACAAUUAAGGUGCUAGAGUUGGUAUGAAGGGUCUACUGAAAUCAAAUUUUACUUGUUCUUCCUGAAAUCCAUCUGCAGCUGACAGAAAAGAAAGAAAUGACAUUUGAUGUCUCUCCCAAAGUCAAAGUCAUCAUGGGUUCUGAUACUGUUUCCUUUUUUUUUUUCUUCUUUUCCUCCCUUAAGACCUUUGGGAUGUGGGGAAUACCCAGCAGACUCGGCCAUCAAUGUAACUAUGGACUUUGCUGCUGCUGGUGGUGUGACUAUCUAAUUUUUGUGAUAGGGAAACAUUCUUUUAAAUAAAAUAACAAAAAGUAAUAAAAGUUUAUUGAGCCACA